AUGCGCUUCCUCUGUCUACACGGUGGUAGCACCAACAGCGAGAUCUUCGAAAUCCAAACCGGAGGCCUACGCCAACAACUCGAAAAGAAUGGCCACCGCUUCAAAUUCAUGAACGGCAAACACGAUGCCCAAGUGGAAGAAGAACUCGAAGGCGUAGUUGAUGGCCCCUUCUACAACCACUACCCCAGAGGCGACAACCCCCCAGCCUCAACAAUCCAAGAAGCAUACGACCACACAAUGCAAUUUAUAACAGAACAAGGCCCCUUCGACGCAGUAAUGGGCUUCAGCCAAGGCGCAGCAUUGGCCGCCUCACUGAUAAUCAACCACAGCAAGAAAAACCCAACCAGCGCGCCGUUGUUCCGGGCCGCGGUGUUCAUUUGCGGUGCGGCGCCGUGGGACAGUGCUGGUAUGGAGCAUAUCCUGCCGCGGCCGGAUACAUAUCCGAUUAAGAUUCCCACGGCGAAUAUUGUUGGCAAGCUGGAUUCGCUUUAUGGGGAGGGUGUGCGGUUGUUUGAAUUGUGUGAGCCUGCAAAUGCGGCUUUCUUUGAUCAUGGGUCUAAGCAUAUGGUUCCUUUUGAUUUGAGGAAUACUGAGGAGAUGGUGCGGGUUGUUGAGGAGACGGUUAAGAAGGCUAUGCGGGGCUAG